UCUCUGCCACUCCGUUGGCGGUCGGUCGUACAGGAGAAACCGAAGCGGCGGAUUCAAGUGUUUGACCCGGCUCUAUGUGGCUCUGAGAGAUCGAGUUCCAACGGACAGCUGGGAUGGCCCGUGGUCUGGAUGGCUGAGGGACAGGGUCACGGACCAAUUACAUGACAAGAUGCUGGCUCGCAACCGCUUCCUCCUCCUGGUGGUGGUGGGCGGGGCAGCGUUGGCCAUCAUCAGUUUGAGCCUUCAGUUCUUGAACCUGAUCCCCACCACCCCCAUAGUGGAGGAGCGUCCCUUCCAGGCUAUAGACGGAGGGCUUGGGCUUGUUCUGGGGAAGAGCAGAAAAAGAGUGUUCCCAGUGCCUCAUACCCAGGAGCCCAACCCCAUAUCUGAGGCCUACGGCUACUGCAACACUCCCAACCGUACCGAACAGGCCUGGGAGGGUCACAGUCCUGCCGACUACAAGCUACUCUCUGUCCAGGUGAUGAUUCGCCAUGGAGACCGUUACCCACUCUACUCCAUCCCCAAGACCAAACGACCUGCCAUUGACUGCACCUUGUCCACUAACAGGAGUCCUUCCCACCCCCUGCUGAACUCUUUCAUCAGUCAUAUGGCCCAGGGAGGACGUGGCCACUGGGAGUCACCACUUGGCUCUGUUCCACGUCUGCCCAACCACAAUGUCUGUGAGAUGGGAGAACUCACACAGACAGGUGUGGUGCAGCACCUACGCAACGGGCAGCUCCUUCACCAAGCCUACAAGCGUCACAAUCUCCUCCCCUCCAGUUGGUCGCCCCGCCAGCUGUGGGUGGAGACCACAGGCAAGAGCCGGACUCUCCAGAGCGGACUGGCCUUCCUCUACGGCUUCCUCCCGGACUUUGAUUGGACGAAGCUGACAGUGCGUCACCAGUGGAGCACACUGUUCUGCGGCUCGGCCUGCGACUGCCCCGCCAGGAACAGGUACCUGGAGGAGGAGCAGAGGAGGCAGUAUCGGCUUCGAGUGGCUGAUACCGAGCUGGAGAGGACUUACGUGGACAUGGCACGGACUUUGGGUAUGCUUACCCGCCAGCUCAGAGCUGCAAACCCCAUAGACUCCCUGCUGUGCCACCUGUGUCACGGUCUGUCUUUCCCAUGCAUUCCCAUGGGAGAUAGUGGCACUGGUGGAUGUCUGACAAUGUCGCAGUUUGCCGUGAUUCGUCGGCAGCAGCUAGAUGAUGAGGUGGAUCGGAGAAGAGUGGGACUGUAUCAUAAAUACGCUAUCCUGGCCAUGUACCCCUACCUCAACCGAACAGCUGCUAAGAUGGAACGUGUUGCUAAGAGCAGUGAAGCUGGUCGCCAGCCUCGAGCAGGCGGCGAGGAGGUCUUCACCCUCUCUUCAGCUCAUGACGUCACCAUGGCCCCAUUGCUGAGUGCUCUGGGACUGGAGGAGGCCAGGUUCCCACGUUUUGCAGCAAGAGUGGUGUUUGAACUGUGGAAGAGUCCCACAACAACUCAAGGUCAGCUGAAGAAGAGAGCUGGCAAAGGUGACAAGUCGAAAGCAAAAGAUGGGGAAGUGUUCAUCAGGGUGCUGUACAACGGCGAGGACGUGACAUUUCAUACCACCUUCUGUCGCUCCCACGACCGCCAUGCCAGCCAGCCCCUCUGCCCUCUGAAGAACUUCCUGUCUUUUGUCAGGAGAGACAUGUUCAGUGUUGUCAACGCCACUUCCUACCAGGGGGCCUGCUACAGACGCCCUGGUUGACAGUUGGACAGAUGGAGACGAGGGUGAAUGAGGAAGGACGCAGAAUUGGCAGUACUUUGAAGUACAACAAAACAACAAACAACAAAAGUACAACAAUUGGUUGUACUUUUGUUGUUUUUUAGUUUUACACUUUUGAAGAUGGUGCACUUUUAUGCUGCUCAUAGUGUCUUAAAAUUCCACAUAUUUUUAAAUGUAGUCUUUAACAUUCAUGAACACAAAGGGAGUGGCAAACAUGCAUAAUACUGUACAUCAUAUCUUGGUUGGAGGUCUUCAGUUUCUAACCUUUCUACAAACUUAUUCAGUUUCUUUCUUGAAUAUUGUAUGUUUUCACAAGUUAAUCUACAAGAGAUAAACAGUUCAAGGGGAGUUGUACGGCACUUAGCCACUUUAUUCCUACAUUCCAUAAUACCAUGGAAUUGUAUAAUUCCAGUGUUCCUAAAUGCCUGCAGGAAAAAAGGGCAUAUCAAAGCUGGAAAUGCUGUGCUGGAUUUAACAUUCUUGAGAAAUAUUUUGUGUAUAAUAAUCUUUUCAAUGAAAAUACACUUUAGGCUAAUUUGGGCCACAGUACUCAUUAUGACAAACUCAGUCGUUAUUUAGCAUUUCCUUGAGUUUUAAUGUUUAUUCAUUGGAGUAGCUGUGACUUUAACGGUAAGAUUUAUUUCUACUUAUUGAUGUGGACCUUUUUUUUCUUUGCUUUAUUAAAAUUGACUGCGGUACACUGAAACAGUUUUUUUCCCCUUAUUACUUUACAACUACAGGGCAUAUAGGGUAUAUAUAUUAAUUGCUGAUAUAGCAGGUCACAUUCCACUUUUUGGUUUUGCUUGAAGGUUUUGCUAAUUUUAAUGUAUGGUUCAUUCUGAAUAGACAUUUAUACUGUAAAGCACAUAUGGAGUAAAAUAAAUGCUCUCAUGUUUUCACUGUA